CCUAGCUGGUGAGAGCCUAAAAUAUUGUCCAUACAUCCAUCCUUGUUGCACAACACAACACAACACAACACAACACAGGGCUGAGGUCAAAGGUGCCAAUGGCCAAUUUGGCCAUUUCAUCCUGAUCCUGAUCGUUGUCACUGGCCUCGAGUGCAUGUAUGGACGUAGUAGUAUGGACUGCACUGCCUCAAUCUAAAAGAAGCGUGUUGGUGGAUGGAUGGAUUAAUUGAUUAAUUGAUGGAUGGAUUGAUCAUGGCUCGUGUCCAUGGAGGCGCCCGGCAUUCGAGUCAGUGAAGGUAUUCGCCGCUCAUAGAUAGAGCCCCCCGCCCAGUGGGCCCCGCCGGACACCAUGGCUGGCUUGGCCGAAGUGUGGCCCCCCGGUCCGGAAACACCCGAGUCCAUGCCACCGUUCCUUGGGAGUGGAACGUCGGACCCGGUUACGGGGGGUGGCCGAGCCGGUGCCUUUCGAAGCCCGCGCCCUGGCCCACGGCUCCCGUCGGCCCCUGGUCUGAGCCGGCCCGCCUCAGCCCCGGGCAGUCCGCCCCACGAGAAGUACGCCGGGCUGGGCUUGAGCUUGGCCGGUCUGUUGGUCGAGCAUAUCGUGUCGCACCCGUGGAUCGUGCUCCGUCGUCAGUGUCAGGUCCACACGGCCUCGGUGCGGGCUCAUCACACACCCGUGACGUUGGUGCCCGUCAUGCUGCAAGUGAGUCGGUGGCAAGGCACGGGCGCUUGGUGGAAGGGCUUGGGCUCCACCCUGACCGUCCGCGGACUGACCUUGGCCGUGGAAGAUUGCACCAGCAAAUUUACGCCGUGGCCCAAAGCCGUGGAUCGCCGGUCUUCUUUGCGCUCGCUGGGCCAACACCUGCUGCUCAAAGGCGUGGCCCUGGCCGUGCUGACGCCGUUCUACUCGGCCAGUUUGGUGGAGAGUGUGCAAAGCGAGAUCGCCAGUGAGCGUCCGGGCGUGCUCGACGUGUUCAAGGAAGGCCUGGCCCGUCUCUUCAACUACGCCGCGCCCCACUCGAGUCGGAUGUUGCCCGUAUGGAUCCUGAUCCCGUCCACCGUGGUGCACGGCUUGUGCCAUUAUGUGCUGUUCAUGAUUGGCCGCGGUCUGACUUUGGCCGCCUGUCAACGCCAUCAUAAACGCGUGCAAAUGUCCAAGGGCGCCAUUGCUAAAGAGCCGGCCGCGCCCACCGUCACCACCCAUUACCACGAGCAAGUGUCCGUGUUGUUGGGCCAUUUAGCCGCGGAUGUCGUGCUUUUCCCGGUGGAAACCAUACUCCAUCGUCUGCAUCUCCAAGGUUGCCGCACCAUCAUCGACAACCUGGACUCGGGUCGGGAAGUCAUUCCGAUUCUGACCCGCUACGAAGGCUUUUGGGACUGCUGGUCGGUCGUGUUGUACGAGGAAGGCUGGUCAGGGCUAUUCAAAGGCUUUGGGGCGCUGCUGCUUCAAUACGGCAUUCACUUCGCUCUCUUACGCAUCGGCGCUACGGCCAUUGACGAGGUGUUGAAGUUGCUCAACCCAGAUGCGGCCUCGACGGGCGAAAUCAAAGACGUGUUGGCGACGCCGCCACCGCCUCCUCGUUCAACCGUUAAUGUCACGCCCAUUCGCGGCUCUUCCACGCCCUCGUCCUCGUCGGUCUGGGCCAGCUCUAGUUUGCCCACCAACGGAGAUGAUAUUUCCACUGGCCCCCGGGAAAUUCCCCCGGUGCCGCCCCUCGAUCGCCAUCAAUUCAGUUCCCCUCAUUGGGUUAGUCAGAACAAGAACGAGUAGUAACUAUGAUCAAGUCCCGCAAGAAGUUGGGAUUAACAUUCUAUUUGAAUGAAAAUCGUGGUGAUGCCACGAAAUGCAUAGAAUAUAUGAAUAAAAACAAAUGCAGUAGUAAUAUAA